AUGUCCUUGAUAACGAGAUACCUCCCCUUCGCGGCGUCGACAUCAACGUUGCAGGCCCUUACGUAUUUGCUGGGGAUAUCGCUCUUUUCCAUAUCGUUUCUGGUGUUUCUCAAUAGUAGCGUUUCGUUUGUGAUUACGGAUUUGAUCGGCCAGAAGGAUGGCGUUGGGGAUGUGGUCGGAACGCUUGGUUUCGCCGAUGAGGUCGUCGCACUAGUGGCCUGUCCCAUCUGGGGCCUCAUCUCCGACCGUCUGGGCGUGCGCUGGGUCGCCGUCCUAGGAUACCUGAUUAUCAGCGCCGCGUUGGCGCUGUUUGUCCAGGCGAAGAAUGUAUACCCGCAGCUUUUACUGGCGAGGAUCUUCUUUGCCAUCGGGGCUACUGCUGCUGCCACAAUGGUCACGGCUAUCCUCCCGAACCUCACCGACGACAGCAACACCCAAGCCGUCAACCUCUGCCAACGCGGCCGCAAACCCAUCACUACCGACGGCCGUGCAUCUCGCGACAGCGUCGCCCUCUCCCUCUCGUCCGAGCUUACCAUCACCCCCGAGCGCUACACGCGGGCCGUAUCAGCCUCGUCGACUUCCAGUGAGGAGCAAGAGGAGGAGGACAAGAGGUUGGGGAAACCCUCGGCGCUGGCGGGCUACGUCGGUCUGUUCACGGGGUGCGGCGCGCUCGUGGCGCUGUCGCUGUUCUUGCCGCUGCCGGCAAGGUUUGGGGAGAUUGAUGGCGUGAGCACGGCGGAUGCCGUUACGUAUAGCUUUUAUGUUGUGGCGCUUGUGUCGUUGGCCGUGGCGGUGUUUGUGUCUAUUGGCUUGAAGGGAUUGAAGGGGGAGGACGGGAAGGGGUGGAAGGCACUUUUUGGUAUGAAGCGUGUUUCGGAGGAUGGGUUUGCGGAUGGCCGGGUCCGGCGACCUGUUCUCCCAUACCUCCACCUCCUCCGAGAAGCCCUCAAACUCGGCCUCACAGACUCCAACAUCGCCCUAGGCUACCUCGGAGGCUUCGUCGCCCGCGCCUCCACCGUAGCAAUCUCCCUUUUCAUCCCCCUCUUCGUAAACACCUACUUCAUCAACAACGGCUUCUGCCAGGGUUCCCCGCACGACCCUUCACCGGAGCUGAAGAAGGAAUGCCGAGCGGCUUACAUCCUCGCCUCCAUCCUCUCGGGCGUGGCCCAACUGUUCGGCCUCCUCUGCGCCCCAAUCUUCGGCUACUUGUCCAGCCGCACGCGGCGCACCAACAUCCCUGUGAAAAUUGCAUCUCUCCUCGGCAUGGUGGCUUACACUGCUUUCCCGCUCCUGCGCAGCCCCGAGAUCAAAGACGUUGACGGCCGCGGCGGGGGCCCGCUCGUGUUCCUCCUCGUGGCCCUCAUGGGAAUCAGCCAGAUCGGCGCCAUAGUCUGUUCCCUGGGUUCACUCGGCCGAGGCGUCCUAACCACCGACGUCGUUCUCCCACCGCGCUCGGAAGACUGCGUUCCGUCCCUUAUCCAAGAAGAAUCCACCGAGACAAGCGCCCUCCUCGCCCCCGGCGACGAAGAAACCACGCCCUGUGUGCAAGAAGACGAGGAGACGCAGACGCGCGUGAGGCUAAAGGGGUCCAUUGCCGGCGUGUAUUCCUGGUUCGGCGGCGCGGCGAUCCUGCUGCUGACCAAGGCGGGCGGGUAUUUGUUUGACGAGGUGGCGAACGGGGCGCCGUUUUAUAUGAUGGCCGGGUUUAAUGGGGUUUGGUUUGUGGCUAGUUUGGGGAUUGAUAUGGCGAGGGAGUUUAGGAGGAGAUGA